UUUACUUCAUAAUAUAUAGCAUAUAUGGCUAUUCGGUGUUUGAGUGUUUUGAUUUUCCUAACCUUCAUUUUAGCACCAGAUAGUCGAAGGAUACAAGUGGUUGACGGUGGAGAUCGCAGUUCUCCGUUGCACUCACUUAGCACAGAGCUCUCGAGCACGUCCUUGAAAAAUAACAAAUUGAUGAAAGGAGUAAGGGACAUUGCAAGACCGCCUCCAGUAUACAGAUGUACUAUUAUUAUGGGCGUGUGCGGCUUGACUAUCACUGAAGAGAAAUGUGUAUCAAUGUGUGUGGCUAAUUAUGGUGAUAAACAUCCAUGGUCAAUUUGUUUCCAGCCUGCUGAAACUAAAUAUAUAUAUUGCUUCUGUGAAUUUGAUUGCUAUAAAAAAUAAAUAUAUUAGUAUUAAAAGCUACAUAUUGUAAUAUGUAAUGUUCCUAAUGAAUAACAAGUAUAUAAUUAAAAAUGCU